CCAGUGGUGAGAUAUUUUCUUCCAUCCAUUCAUCUUCACCGAAUCACUCCUUUAGUUUCAUCUUAUUGUUAUUCCUUUACUCUUUACAUGACGUUUUCUGUUGGAAUAUUUCACGUCUUCGACCAUAUUCCGGUUUUCAGCUAGUCAGUUUUGGCAUCACUGGCAUUUGACAUAAUCUACUAGUAGACCGACGUAGAGAAAAGUAGAAAACCUUGUUAUGACUAAGUUCAGUUGCUGCUUUGGGAAGGCGACUACCCCAACCCCAACUGGCGGUGUUAACCCCCGAGCAAACAAUCACGGAAGCAAUGUUGAUGUUAGUAUAGAACUUUUGGAUGCUGAGAAUAUGAGAUUAUAUAAAUAUAGAGAUCUUCAAGCUGCUACUGCUAAUUUUAGACCAGAAAGUAAGAUAGGGCAGGGAGGUUUUGGUUCUGUUUACAAGGGAGUACUAAGGGAUGGCUCAGAAGUUGCUAUAAAGGUUCUCUCUGCUGAAUCAAGGCAAGGCUUGCGGGAAUUCGUGAAUGAAAUAACCGUUAUUUCAGAUAUACACCAUGAGAACCUAGUGAAGUUGCAUGGUUAUUGCGUGGAAAAAGAUCAUAGAAUCUUGGUCUAUGGUUACCUUAAAAAUGGUAGUCUAGAUCAAACCCUACUUGGGAGCGGUUAUUGUAGCAUUAGUUUCACGUGGGAAGUAAGAAGGAAGAUAUGCAUAGGUGUUGCAAAGGGGCUUACUUAUCUUCAUGAGGAAGUGCAACCUCAUAUUAUUCAUAGGGAUAUCAAGGCAAGCAAUAUUUUGCUUGAUGAAGAUUAUACACCAAAAAUUUCAGAUUUUGGUCUAGCAAAGAUUUUCCCUGCUCAUUUGACUCAUGUUAGCACACGGAUUGCAGGAACUCAAGGCUACUUGGCCCCUGAGUAUGCAAUAAGAGGCCAGUUGACAAGGAAAGCAGACAUCUAUAGCUUUGGUGUUUUGCUUUUAGAAAUCGUUUCUGGAAGGCCCAACCAAAACAGACGGUUACCCGUUGAAGAACAGUAUCUUCUUGAACGGGUAUGGCAUCUAUAUAGAGAAGGGGAGUUAGAAAGGUUGGUUGAUACUUCAAUGGAAGAUGUUGAUAUCGAUGAAGCUUGUCGUUACUUAAAAAUUGGUCUUCUUUGCACUCAAAGUCUGCCCAAAAUCCGACCCUCCAUGUCAGCCGUCAUGAAAAUGUUAAAUAAUGAGAUGGAGCUUAAUGAAAAGGAUUUAACUGACCCGGGAUUAUUAUCUGAACUAGUGACUUAUAAAACCAUGAAAAAUAACACAUCGGGUACAUCAUCUAGUGGUUCAAGAAAACCCGACGAAUCUCAGUCAUAUGGAAACACGACCACAUCAUAUGCCAAUAUGACCUUCACAACAAUCACCGAACGAUGAUGGUCGUGAAAAGAGUUUGAUUUGAAAGCAUGUAGAUGUGUCAUUUUUUUUUGUAGAUAAAUGCAAAUAUCAUUGUUGGCAUGUUAUGUUUUGUUUUGGUUCCUGGUUCAUAAGAGAAAAUUGUGGAAUCCAUUUGUUAGAUAUUGCAUAUAAACAUGUAGUAGUGUCGUGAAGGCUGUAGCAAUGUUUGUUUAUCCGGCAAGAUUCGAAGCUUGGAUACAAUUAAUUUUGGUUUUUGUGCUCUAUGAUAAAGGGUAUUUUAGA